AUGAACAUGUGUUCUACCAAGACCAUCUUCGUGGCCAUCUUGUGCUUGGGCGUUGCUGCUGCUUCAGGUAAAAUACGAGGUUUUUAAACUAUAUACCAUACCUUAACUUACCCAACCGUAUUCUACCCUGACCUGCCCUACCGUACUCUACCGUACCCUACCCUACCUUACCCUGCCCUAACCUAAAAAAUUCAAAUUUUCAGCCCUCCACGGCUGGCACCCUCACCACGAUGAUCAUCAUGACGAACAUCACGGCCACGGCUCCGACUGGUCGAACGAUCAUCACAACGCGCACGGCUGGGACGGUGACAAUCAUCACGACCACCAGGGCAAGCACGGUUUCAACAAAGGCGACGAGUCGGACUGGGCUCGGCUAGACUACGGUGGCCACAAGGCCCAAGCUUCCGGCGACGAAUGGCACUCCAACUACGGUCAUGAGUCUGGCGACGACCACGGUCACGAAGCCGGGUAUGCUCACGGUGCUGAACAUGGUCAUGCUGGGCAUGGCGGAUAUAUUCAUCAUGAUGGCCAUCACGGUGAUCAUCAUGAUCUAGGUCAUCACGGUCUAGAACAUGGAAUUCACGAUCUGGGACAUCACGGAGAUGAGCACGGCUUCGAACACGGUCAUCAUGGGUUAGAGCACGGUCACCAUGGUCUAGAACAUCACGGUCUGGACCAUCAUGAACUUGGUCAUGGACUAGACCAUCAUGGACUGGAUCACCACGGACUAGAACAUCACGGUGGAGAACAUCACGACCACUAUUAG